GGUAUGGUGCUAAAGCCACUCCUUGAUGCUAGAGAGACUCCAGAAGGCUAGACUCUGGAAAUUCAACUUCCUUAUUCUCUGGCCUGUGCUCCUCUGUGGCAAGAUGCAGGUAACAUCGAAAGGUGCAAGCUUAAAUCCUAAUGCAAAAGUAUGGCAGGAAAACAUGCAAGGGAACUCAGAAGCUGUACCAGCAACUGAUGGCACCGAGCAGCCAUGGCAGGAGGCAGCAGCUGUGCCUGGAAAUUGUACAGAGGGUAACGAGGUUGCUGAUGACAAUGCCAAACAGUAUGAAGCAAUGUAUUCGUCUUGUGAACUGUCAAGAAACAGUUCAGGUAUUGAGGAAACAGCUGCUAAUGGGAUGGUUUUGGCACAUGAGGAACUUGGAUACCAACUCUAUGAUGUUUCAGGUGAAGGCAGCCCUGCCAUUUCUACAGAAGACAUGAAGGAAUGUUUAAAGAAACAACUAGAGUUCUGUUUCUCACGUGAAAAUCUAUCAAAGGAUCUUUACUUGAUGUCCCAAAUGGACAGUGAUCAGUUUAUUCCAAUAUGGACAAUCGCUAACAUGGAAGGAAUUAAGAAACUGACAACCAAUGUGGAUCUUAUUGUAGAAGUGCUGAGAUCUUCCCCUAUAGUCCAAGUGGAUGAGAGAGGAGAAAAAGUUAGGCCAAACCAUAAGCGAUGCAUUAUUAUUCUCCGUGAGAUCCCUGAAACAACUCCUGUAGAGGAAGUAAAGGCACUGUUUAAAAAUGAAAGCUGCCCCAAAGUGAUAAGUUGUGAAUUUGCUCACAAUAACAACUGGUACAUUACAUUCCAGUCAGAUACUGAUGCACAGCAGGCUUUUAAAUACUUGCGAGAAGAAGUGAAAACCUUUCAGGGCAAGCCUAUAAUGGCCAGGAUAAAAGCCAUCAACACAUUUUUUGCAAAGAAUGGUUACCGUGUGGCUGAUUCCAGUGUAUAUGUUCAGCCCGUUCAGACUCAAGCACAGUUUGCCUCACCACUGUUUAUGCAGCCUGUAUAUAGUCCUCAGCAGUACUCCAUCUACAGUAUUGUGCCUCAGACAUGGUCUCCAAACCCUGCACCUUACUUUGAAACGCCACUGGUAUUAUUUCCUAAUGGUGGAUUUCUUGGUUCUUAAUGGGUUUAUGGGUUCAGAGAAUAGGACUUUUUGAGCCUAUACAUGGGUGCACGUAGAUAUGCUAUUGGCAGAAUUUCUGUAUCUUUCCAUUUCCAUUUAUCUUUCAGUGUGAAGCCUCACUUUCGGUUGUCAAGCAGCUCUGAACAUUCAACAGAAGUGACAUCCGCCGUCAGUGCUGUGUCAGUAGGGGAUGGGCAGUUGCAAAGAGCCAACUCAAGGAACUUUCAAUCAGAAAGGCAAGGAAAUACACUAUCUGGACAUCAGGAACAAAGCUAUUUACUGAAGGAUUCUCCCGUCACUCAGCUAGAACAAAAUGGGGAUUAUGGUGUGGGCAGGGGAAGGAGGAAUGUUUUUAGAGGUCGGAGAAGACGGGAAGAUGACAGACUUUCUCGACCUCAGCCUUCAGUUGAAACAAAGACUUUGACACCAAAGUUUGAUUUACUAGCCUCGAAUUUCCCUCCAUUGCCUGGUACUGCACUAAAAAUACCAGGAGACCCUGUCCUUGAGAGUAGGAUGUCAGAUGUCGUCAAAGGAAUAAGCAAAGAAAAGGAAAACAAAGAAUUAAAAGUCAGUUGUCUAACAUCUACUCAGGAAGAGCAGGAUCACAAUUCUGUUCAGCCUGUUGUGAGUGCCAGUUCUCCCUGUGGGAUUGAUGUUCCUGGAUUAAGUGCCACUCAGCCAGAUAAGAAGGUAGAAGAGGUCCAUGUGCAGAAAGAGGUCGCAAGCCAGACUUCUCCUCCUUCAUCUUCUGUAUGCCCCCUCAGUACUGUAAAGUCACCUAGGACGAACACCACUUCAACCACAGCCAGUGUAAACACAGCAAAUACUUUGACGAUACAGGAACCCAGGAAGCUUAGCUAUGCUGAAGUCUGCCAGAAACCUCCAAAAGAACUAGCUCCUGUUCCUGUUCAGCCGCUUCGGGAGCUCCGUACCAAUGUAACUUCCCCUGCCAAAAUGGAAGAAAAUGGCACCCAUGAGAAGACUGGGGAGAAGACACAUGAAAAACCUGAGGGACGAGUGAAGGACUUUGCUGUCUUCAGAGGCAGUGGGCCUCCUAAGGGAGCUGCAGAAAAUCAGGGAACAGAGGCGCCAGUGUGGACGCAGGUCUUCUCCUCAGGGAGCGCCUCGGCGUGUGGGCAAGGAGCAGUAUGUGCCACCACGAUCACCAAAGGAAAACUGAUAGAACUUUUUAUUUAAUGAUAACUGAGGACUAAAGAGUGUAGAAGAGAAGCUGACCAGCUGUGAAAAAUAAUAAAUAUGGGAAAAGGGGACACAUAAUUCAAGAGCACAGGGUUUGCAAUGUGAGAGAGAGCUUGGAGAUUUCCCAGUAUUCAUCUCAAAGUGAUAUAAAAUGCUGGAGGAAUUGAAUCAAUAUAAAUAUGAUAAAGAUUAUAAUUUUUGUAACUUUUUUUGUUUUUAAUUUGCAGCGGGUUUCCUGCCUGAACUAGAUUUAUUGCUUUAUGAAUUAGCUUGUUGAAUAUGAGGAACAAACACACAUAUUAGCGUAUUCCUCAAUGUGAAGAGGGGGCAAAAUAAUAUUUUUUUUUGAAAAAAAAAUUCUGUAAAGGUUAUAAAUUACUUUUUUAAAAUCUAUUUAAAUGUAUGGCUUGUAAGAUGAUGUGUAUGCCAUUAAUGGCCUUGCAUUACAAAUCAGCCCCAGAACUGACAUGCUUGGUCAGUAUGAGUGAGUGUAGCCACAUACUUGUUAAGUCAUGAUUUAGUCACUGAUGAUAACUGAAUGUACUACUGUAGUAUUUUGUGUUUUGGAGAUUUAGUCUUUGACCUUACUAAUGUUGGUCAGCUUUUAAAAUCUGUAUGAUUUUUACUUUAGAGUAUACAAACAGCAAGAUUAGUAAGCAAGAAAUAGUGGGCAAUGUUUUAAUUUGUUCUAGCUCUUCCUCCUAAUUAUUUUAUUUUCCCGUUCUGCUUUAGUAUUUCUCUAAUCUUUAUUACAGAAUAAUUAAUAUUUCCCUGGAAUUGUAUUCUAGAACUGAUGCAAGAAAGAUACACAAGAACUGAAAACAUUUAUUUUGGCAUCACAUUUAAUGGACUUGUAGCUUUCCAGUGUGCUUAAUUCUUUAGAAGGGAAGCAAGUCCAUUUGAGAUCUGACUUUAAUAAAUAAAUUGGUCUCUUUAUGGUGGACUUGCACUGAUGUAUCAAAAGCUUUUUCUGUUCAAAGGUACUUCAUACUAUACUGAUGCUUGGUAUUUUUUAGUGGGAAAGCCUUUUUUUAACAAUCAAUUUGAUAACUAGGUUUUCCCCAGUUAUUAGAGAUGAUAGCCAUGGAAGUUUUUAAGGUAUUCUAGAGAAUAUUGGAAACAAGUCCAGCAUACUGUUAUGUCUAGUCAGUAAGAAAAGAAAUAGGAAAAUUACAAUAUGCUAAUCUGCCAAAAUCUGCAUGCUAGAGUUGAAAAUUCUGUAUUAAAGUGCUAGGGGAAAAUACACUGCAGCUACAAAGUACACCUGUUUCUUCAGUUAAUAGCAAGUAUACAGAUCUAAAGUUGUUAGUUGUGAACACUGGAAAACUCGAUUACAAGAUACAACCACACAUCUUAGUUUGUAUAUGCUAGUGGUAACUUUAAAAUGUCAGUGGCAGAUAAAUAAUUAACUGUGAAAAUGUUCAUCUUCUGAUUUUCUUAGCCAGUUAACCCUUGGCAGUUUCUUACUCAGUAGACAUUCUCCAUCAAUGGCUUUGAGGACACUCAUAUCUAUUUUUAUAAGUAUAUAUAUACAUACAUACAUAUAUAUAUAUAUAUAAAGUCAGAUUUGUCAUUUCUCUAACUUAUUAUUCAGCUUGGCAAUCACUUUUUUGAUUUGAUUGAGAAAUGUAUGUGUACUUAUGCAGUUGAUAUUCUUUUUCUACGCAUGUUAUUAAUCAUUACUCAUUUUAAACUAACUGUACUGGGUUUGGCAGUCUUUAAAUUUACACAAAUCAUUGAUCACGUCUGUUAGCACACAUACACACAAACCCGUGUUGGUUUACUUAUAAUACAUGAGCCACAAAAGGUGAAAAUAUUUGAAAUUUUAGGAUCUCUGCAAAAUGUAUCAAAGGCUAGUUCAAAAACAUUUCAAAAGAAAAAAAUCUGCUGCACUUGGAGUGGAAAAAUAGUUGAACUGCUACAGUUAUAUUUAGGGUAGACAUGCACUGUGUCAUUGCAAACUAAAUUUGUAUUUGAAUCCAUAAUAGUUGUUCAGAGGUUUUUUUUUAAAAGGACAUUUGGUGGUUGUUUGGAAAUAAUGUAUGUCCAUGGGAAGAGGCUAGCGAAAAAAAAGUUACUUGACAGUGCGAAUGUGUGAGAUCUAACCCUGUCUGUAUGUUCCAUGUUUGGGUAGAGUCUAGUAUUCAAAAGCAGAUCACCUUUAUAUGUGACUAUUAUCUUUAUCAGAUGUUGAAACCAAUAUAGCUCUCAAUUGUGAGAUAAAAAACUUGACCAUUUGAAAGGAUGUUGUUAUACAUCCUGUAUGUAUGUUUGGGAAUGUGUGCUUUUUCACAGUGGGUUUAUAGCUCUUGUGCAAUUUAUGUGUAAGUGUGCAAAUAACUUCUUCCGAUAUAAAAUUACUAGCCUAGAAGGGCUGACUGUAGCCUAAAUAUUUUAUAACUUUCUCUUCACUUAACAUUGCAUCAUCUUCUCCCCUAUCCUCCUGUAUGUGUCCAAACCUCUAGGUUUACAGGGAUUAACAAAGCAAGUAUGACUGCAGAAAAGAGGAGAACAGUGUUGUAUGUUAAUUUCUGUAAUUAUUCUGUUAACUUCUGCAAAAUCAGAAACAUAUCUGGGCUAGCUGUUGGUCUUGUUCAUUCAUAGGCAGUGUCUCCAUCAAUCAGUCUUCCCAUUUUCCUUUGAAAACAAGAGUGAUAUCUUGAGGAUUAGAUGCACUGUCAGGACAGUUCCAGUGUUUUAUUGUGAGAAUGUGCAAUGUGGUAGUUCUUGUUUUCUGCAUAGUUUCACAGUAAAAUGUUAAUAGGCAAAUCAUCAUUCUUAGGGCUGAUGGAAGGUUGAGGCAUUGAACAACUUACACAUGAUUUUCCAUGAAUGUACAAAUAUACACCAGUAUAACUUGUACUGGUAAAUAUACCAAAACAAGUAUUUUCAUUAUAAAUCUUGGUUCAGUACAGAUGAAGCUGAUGCUUGUAUUUCAUUCUCAGCAUAACAACACUGAAACUAAAUGAAGCAUGAAAUCUUUUACUUUUCUAACUUACGUUGCUGGAUGCACAUGCCUCUUACUUUCGAACAUUAUGUUUUCUUUUUAAUAACCCUAAGGUCAUAAAGACUAUAAGAAGCUGUCUAUAGCCUGAAUUCUCAGUGGCUGGUGAACUUACAAGGGUGUUUCUUUAAUAGCUGGAAAUGUUUUUCUCCAUUUCUAUAUUCUUACUUAAUAGCUCUAGGCCACAUGAUUGUACUUCUGUUUUGGAAGGAAAGAAAGGGGGAGAUUGUUUGCAUGGAACUUGCUUUCCUGCUUGUUUUCCUUCUCUAUGUUUUUUUUAAAAUUAGCUUGGCAGAGUGAUGUAGUUUUAGCAGUAGGUUAAAAUAAAUCCACCUUAUUUACCAGAAGAAAACUAAGAUGAAAGAGGGGCAGAUCAGUAGCAGUUAAGUGACUUAAGCAAUGCUUUACUGUAGUUUAAAUAGGUAUGGCCUUACUACUACAUCAGUAUCAGCUAAAUGUCUGAAUAUAUCCACUCUUUUUACUGUUACCCAAGUGAAUGUUCACGUGGGGAAAAAUACCUGCUACAUGUGUACAGAUUAUUUUAAAUUUAUAAAAUGCAGCAUUGUAUACAGACAAAAUGCAACAGAAAUGCACUUCGGGUUUGGGGUUGCUUAAACUUUUGUAAAUUGUUGAUUACAACAAAAUAUGCAAUAGGUUUUUUCUUUUAACUUUUGAUAUUUCCUUCUGAAACAUAAGAUUGUUACCACCAAUCUUUAACAAUCUAUCAUGCUCUUAUGUGUGUGUGAGUGAUGGAAGCUGAGAGAAUGAGCAGGUGUUGGUAUUACAUGUGGGUUUUCUGUGGGGUGGUAUAUCUGAACCACCCCUUCCCCCCCUUUUUUUUCUCUCUGAUUGAAAGUUGGGUCUUCAGCACUGGACUCUGGAAGAGAUCAAAUUGGUUGUAUUAAUGUAGUAUUAGGAAAUUUAAAAUGGGAGCUAAUCAGUCUUCAUACUAAUCUGUAACAAUGUCUACUAUUUUAUUUAAUAUGUUGAGAUCUUUAAAAAAGAUUGGCAUGCAUAAAAUUUCCCCCAAAAUAUGUUCAAAAUAUAAGUGGUUAGUACACAAAUGGCAUCUGGUUUUACAAAUCAAGCUACUCCGCUAUGUCUUCUCCCAGAAACGUUUGGCUUCAGCAUUUAUAGGCUUCAAAAUGACAGGGCUCCAGUUCAAUGAUACAUGUAACAGCUAUAUAGCUUCUCUACUUUGCCAGUUUGAUUUAUUCCUGUUGUCACAGCUGUCUAAAAAUAACAAAUUGUAUAAAAUUGGUUCAUGCUUAACUGUUCAAAUUAUACAUGUAUUUGUGUUUGUUUUUGACAUUGCCAAGGUGCUAUGGGAAAUUGAAAUAACAAUUAGAAGGAAAUAAUAAAAGCCACCUUUAAAAAAGACAUACUGUAUUUGUCCACAUUCAAUAUGACUUGGUCUAUCAAACAGAUGGUAGGGGAAAACCUGUUCAGAUCACCAGUUGAUCAAAGUUGUGGGCACAUGGAUAGGAAGUGUUUUUUUCAGAUUCAUUGUUAAGGCUCCUAAUUGUCAUAAAGGCAAGACAUUUCCUUUGUUUGAAUGUUGGUUCCCAUUUCGGACAAAAAAACCUAAGCAAUUAGUCACAAAGGAAAUCUUAACUAUAAAUGUCUGAACAGCUUCCAGAAGCCCAGGAGUGGCACACACCCUUCCAUGGACCCUUCAGAUGAUCCCAUUGCCCACAUUUCCUUACAAAAAUUGGCUUUUUU